AUGGGACUACUAGGCGUCCCAUGCUGUUCCAACCUGCCGAAGGUUUUCAGAUGCCUCUGUGCUAAAACCUGCAAGUGUGCUUGCGCGACACAGGUCUGUGACUGCGAGGAUCCACCAAACACUACUGCAGAGCUACUUCCGCUCAACAAGUCUGGGACUGUCUUUACUUGGGAAGCGCAGAUUAGCAUUUGUUCCAAAGACGGCAACCAGCUCAAGAUCUUGACCUGUGAUUUCACCGAUCUCUUCGAUGCCAAUCAACUGGAUGCCACAGCGGCAGCCAAUGCACAAACGGCGCUGGAGACUCUUCGACUUCAGGGGAUUCUGCCCAUCACCAUCUUUGGGGGGCCGCCAUCGAGCCAAACAUGCACAACUGCGCCGCCCUGUCCUCUUGGCCAAGUUCUUUGCUACAGCCGUUUCUACGAGUCGGUCUGUGCCACGCGUUGCGAUGGCUUUGAGGAGUGUGUGGAUGCCACUGAUGAGCUGGGAUGCCGCCCUUGUGAGACGGUGCAGUGUGAACUGCCAUUUGGUCGGUGUGUAGAUUCGCUCUCUGGAGCAUCUGCGUGUGAUGAGUGCAGCAAUGAGGCGGCAAAUCUUUCUCAUGCUCAGCGGCAGCUCUGCCAAUUGUUGGAUGUCCCGGCAGGUCAAGGUGCACUUGGAUCGCUGCAGUGCAAUGCAUCAAUUUGCGAAGCGCUUGGAGAGGGCUGUGAUCCCAGCGAAUUGGACUUCGAGCCCUGCAGAUGUUUGGAGGCUCGGGCAACUUUGGCGCAGCGGGAGGCUUUUGGUUGCCUUGUUCGUGGCAAUUUCUCUGCAGCUCUACGCCCAGUCAAGGGUCUUAUGUCCCUGUACCACUUUGAUGCUGUGAAGGCCAAAAAGCUUUAUGAUGAGCUUGAUGUGAUCAACCUGGAAUGCACCAAUUCUGCAGGAAGCAGUGGUGGUUGCGCAGUUUCAAGUGUCGAUCGAAUUGAAGGGCCCGCGCUCUUGCUCACAGGUGAAGAUUGGCUGCAAUCUCUUGCGGAGGUGCCGCCCCCGAGUCUUCAAGCGUGGCAUUUGUGGGUGAAGUGCACUUGCACGUCCUGUACCCUUGCUGGUCUUCUUGGAGGUGGCACAUGGUUUGUGGAUGAAGGUGGAUACCUGGCCACAAAGUCACCGAGCGGAAACCUUUGGCAGCCAGCAGGUUGUGCGGCGGUGAACGACGAUGUGUUCCACUUCGUUGGCUUUUCGUUGGGCCCGGAUGGCGGGGAGCAGAUUUUCCAAGACGGUCAGGAUGCCAAGACAAAACUUUAG